AUGGUCUCUGUCGAUGAUGAAUCCACACUCCCGCCCUCUCCAAUCAGGUCUGGGAAGUGGGACUUCGUCUUUUGGAUGGUAUAUCUUUCAAGCGUGAUCAUAGACAUGCUCUCAGCUCUGGAUCUUACUGCGGUGUCGACCUCUCUCCCUUCCAUUGUCAGCAGCUUGCACGGCACGGACUUCAUUUGGGUGGGAGGCGCUUAUACGGUAGCGUCUUCUGCUGUCUUGCCCUUUGUAGGCAACCUGGUCUCUACGUUUGGAAGAAAACCUGUCCUCGUCGCCUUCAUUCUGGCGUUUGCGUUGGGCUCGGCUUUGUCGGGUGCAGCGCGGAGUAUGAACAUGCUCAUUGCGGGAAGAGCGGUCCAAGGCUUCGGAGGAGGGGGCUGCUUUUCCAUCACCGAGAUUAUAUAUGCCGACCUCGUACCUCUCACUGAACGAGGAAAGUUGCAGGGCAUGACUGCCGCCGCAUGGGCACUAGCAUGUGCGAUUGGGCCACCCAUAGGUGGUGCCCUCACGCAGCAUGGCGCAUGGCGCUGGAUAUUCUUCCUGAAUAUACCAGUGUGCGCGGUCGCAUUGGUACUCAACUGCAUAUUUCUGCGGACGGACACAAGGCAUCGCAAACGCCUCAGCCUGAAGCGUAAAGUCUCGCAGAUGGACUUGCUAGGCGCGAGCCUUAUGACCGGGAGCACCGUUCUUGUGUUCCUUGCCACUACAUGGGGUGGCCUGACCUUUCCGUGGUCGUCUCCUCAAGUACUCUCGUUGUUGAUUAUCGGCGGCAUCGGAAUGCUUCUCUUCUUCGUCAUCGAACGUUAUUGGCUGAAAGGUCCCACCGUCCCCAAGGCCUUCUUCGCAGAUCGAACCACAUUCGGCGGUUACUUAGGCACCUUCUUCCACGGGAUUUGUUCCAUAGCGACUAUCUACUACUACCCGGUAUAUCUACAAGCGGCACAAGGCGCGACUUCCUUGGGCGCUGAUGUCGAUGUGCUCCCGCUCGCGACUGUUAUACCCGCAGCCGCCAUCCUGACGGGCUUGUCUGUCAACAUCUCUGACCGCUAUCGCCCUCAAAGCUACAUCGGAUGGGCGUUCACGCUGGUCGGGUUUGGCAUACUAUCGCUACUCGACGAGCACAGUUCGCGGGCGAUGUACCUUGCCUUCCAGGUUCCCGUCACAAUCGGAAUCGGAAUCGUGUGGAUCAGCUCCCAAUUCGCGGUUCUCGCACCCGCGCCCGAGUCGAGCGUCACGCACGCACUCGCCUUCUUCACAUUCACUCGCACGGUCGCACAGGGAUGGGGCAUCGUUAUCGGCGGCGCGAUUCUGCAGAACGCCCUCCUGCGCGAGCUCCCGACCUCCUUCACGUCGACACUCCCCGAAGGCGUCCAGAUCGCAUACGCUGCGAUCGAGACGAUCUCGAGCCUGCCCGAGGCGCUCAAGUGGGAGGUGCGCGCGGCGUUCGCGCGGGCGACGCGGCAGAUCUGGCUCGUCAUGCUAGGGGUGGCCGGCGCGGGCCUCCUGUCGUGUCUUCUCCUGCGCGAGGUGCACAUGCGCGCCGCGCCGGUGGAGGAAGAGACAUGGGACUGCCCCAAGAACGGCAUGCGGGAGAUGUCCCUAGAUGUAUCCCCUCACGUCGAACCGCAGGAUGGAUGCGCCCAGGACGGAACUCAGGAAAGCCCGACGCAGGAGAUCAGUGUUGAAGCAGGAUUACUACGAUGAGAAGGUAGGAGUAGUGCGGACGCUUCUGAUAGCGAUGUGGUGCAUGGGUGGUAGUGUAGUCCCUACCAGUAGGUUACAAUCUUGUUUUGUUGGAGAUGGUGGGAAACGGGCUCUGGAUGACACCAC